UUGCGAAAGACGUAUCUGGACGCGUGUCACCAUCCUCGCCAUCCAUAUAUAUAUAGAUAGAUAGAUAGAUGGGCACGCUGCUUCCAUACGGUGGAACCAAAAUUCUCCAAUUUCUCAGGUCAGAUAUCAUCUGCUUUCUCUCUCGUAAUCACUCAUUUAUCUCCAAUCCAUUUCCUAUUUCCUUUCUCUCCAUCUCUUGUGCCGUAUGACGAACGAGAAAAACAGCCUCCGGCGGCCCAAGUUCGGCGCCCUGUUGAAAUCCGACCCCUGCAUUCCGACCAUCAACACCCACGACGAAACCGACGCAUUCCUCCACCGCAAGAGCGACGCCUUCUCCUCGACGCCGCCGGCGAGUCCUUGGACCUUCGUCGCCUCUCCCAGCGCCGGCGACGCCUCCCCUUCUCCUUACUCCAUGUCUCCGUGGAGCCAAUCAUCGCCGUACUAUAGCAAGUCGCCGUGGAUUCGCUCCUCCCCUUUGGUACCGUUGGACUCGUCUCCAGAUGGUUUGAUGGGUUCGCUUGUUCGGGAACAAGGGCACGUUUAUUCUCUUGCCGCCGCCGGCCGGUUGCUGUACACCGGCUCCGAUAGCAAGAAUAUAUGGGUUUGGAAGGAUUUGAAGGAGUACUCAGGGUUUAAAUCAAACAGUGGAUUUGUGAAAGCCAUCGUUAUCGCCGGCGAUAAGAUAUUCACCGGCCACCAAGACGGCAAGAUCCGGAUAUGGAAAUUCUCUCCCAAGAAUUACCGGAAACCGUACCGGCGAGUGGGGAGUUUGCCGAGGACUAGAGACUUCAUCAAGAGCUCGCUCAACCCGAAGAAUUACGUCGAAGUCCGGCGACGCAGAAACGUUCCAUGGAUUAAGCAUUUUGACGCGGUUUCGUCCAUGAGCUUGGAUGAAGACCAGAGGCUUCUUUACACCGGAUCUUGGGACAAAACCGUGAAGGUUUGGCGAAUCUCUGACUCCAAAUGCUUGGAGUCCAUCGACGCUCACGACGACGCGGUUAACUCCGUCGCCGCCGGCUUCGACGGGCUACUGUUCACUGGCUCUGCCGACGGAACCGUGAAGGUUUGGAGGAGGGAGUUAUUGGGUAGAACGCCGACGCACGUUCUGGUGCAGAUACUGUUGAAGCAAGAGCAUGCGGUGACGGCUUUGGCGGUGAACGCCGGGGCCGGGGCGGUUUACUGCGGGUCGUCGGACGGGCUGUUGAACUUCUGGGAACGAGAGAAGCGGUGGCUGCGCCACCGCGGCGUGCUCCGUGGGCACAAGAUGGCGGUGCUGUGCGUGGCGGCCGCGGGGAACCUCGUGUUCAGUGGGUCGGCGGACCGGAGCAUUUGCGUGUGGCGAAGGGAGGCCGGCGGCGACCACGCUUGCCUGUCAGUGCUCGCCGGCCAUAGUGGGCCCAUCAAGUGCUUAGCCGUGGAGGAAGAUGACAAUGACGAUGACGAUGAUGAUUCGUGGAUGGUGUACAGCGGCAGCUUGGACAAGUCGGUGAAGGUCUGGAGGGUCUCCGAGCACGCUCGUAGGGAUUAAUUUGAAGCAAAGUCGUCUAUCUAUGAUGGCGGGCGAAGUGUGAUGAUCACGCGCCUCCGUGUACGGUGGCUGAUUGUAGAAGUUGGCUACAACGGGGAGACUCGAGUCGACCAAAUACCAAUUGAGAAAAAAUGGUAGUUGGGUUGGGCUAUAAUAUUUUUCCAAACACCAUUUUUUUUUGACACUUACUUGUACGUAACAUUAAUACUCACUUAUUGAUAACAAUUCAUUUGUUUAUAUAUACUUAAUAAUAAUUUUGAUUUUGUAGUUU